AUGAUAGACGAAAAAACUGAAGUUUAUAAAGCUCCUAGAGCUAGAAAAAAUAUAUCUAUUUUUAAAGGAUUAUUAAUAUCGACUAUAAUUGCAAUCCUUUAUUUCAAUUUUUUUAACAUUUCAUUCCCAUUUUCAAUUUUCAAAACUAAUUCACCCGAAUUAAAUCCAAGUAAAAUUAUUUUAGAUUCACUUGAAAUUAAUUUAGCUGGAAAUUGGUCAAAAAAAUAUACAUCAGAGCCUCAUUUAGCUGGUACAAAUUAUCCAUUUGUUGAAUGGACUGAACAAAAAUUUCAAGAAUUUGGGUUUGAUACUUCAAUUGAAACUUUUGAAGUUUUAUUAAGUUAUCCAAAAGAUCAUGAUUUAAAAUUAUUAGAUCCAAAGGGUAAAAUAAUUUAUACUGCUCCUUUAAAAGAAGAUAUUAUUGAUGAAGAUCCAACUACUCAUAAUGACACUAUUCCAACAUUUUUGGGAUAUGCAGCUAAUGGUAAUGUUACUGGUCAAUAUAUUUAUGCUAAUUAUGGUACAAAAAGAGAUUUUGAAUUAUUAAAAGAAAAUGAUAUUGAUGUAAAGGGAAAAAUUGUUGUUGUACGUUAUGGAAGAAUUUUUAGAGGUUUAAAAGUAAAAUUUGCUCAAGAUGAAGGAGCAAUUGGUGUUUUGAUUUAUACUGAUCCUGGUGAUGAUGGUGAAAUAACUGUAAAAAAUGGUUAUAAACAAUAUCCAAAAGGACCAGCUAGACAAGAAAGCUCAGUACAAAGAGGAAGUGUACAAUUUUUAGGAGGUGAAGGUGCUGCUCCAGGUGAUCCAACUACCCCUGGCUAUGCUAGUAAACCAGGAGUUGAAAGAAAAGACCCUCAUCAAAGUAUUGGAAAAAUUCCAGUUUUACCAAUAUCUUAUCGUGAGGUUAAACCAAUUUUACAUAAAUUAAAUGGUCAUGGAAAAACUAUAGAAGGAUUUAAAGGUGAUUUAGAUGGAUUUAAUUAUACUACUGGUCCAACAAAAUAUGAAUUAAAUUUAUAUAGUUAUCAAGAUUUUAAUAUCACCCCCAUAUGGAAUGUAAAUGCUGAAAUAAAAGGAGAAAAGUCUAAUGAAGUCAUUAUUAUUGGUAAUCAUAGAGAUGCAUGGAUUAAAGGAGGUGCCGGAGAUCCAAAUAGUGGAUCGGCUUCACUUUUGGAAGUCGCAAGAGCUUUAGGUGAUUUAAAAAAAGCAGGUCAUAAAUUCAAGAGAUCUAUCGUCCUCGUGUCAUUAGACGCAGAGGAAAUUGGCGUCGUCGGAAGUACAGAGCAAGGAGAAUACUAUGCAAAGAAGUAUCAGAAGGAAGUUGUUGCAUAUUUUAAUGUGGAUGUCUCAGUUAGUGGCAAAAAUUUAAAUUUAGGAUCAUCACCAGUUUUAAACGACUUAUUAUUAGAAACAGCUAAGAAAAUAGAUUAUCCAGAAGGAGGAUCAUUAUAUGAACAUUAUAUUUCAAAUCAUAAAUAUAUUCCAACUUUAGGUAGUGGAUCAGAUUAUACUGUAUUCUUAGAACAUUUAGGUAUACCAUCAUUUGAUUUAGGAUUCUCAGGUGGUAAAAAUGAUCCAAUAUAUCAUUAUCAUUCAAAUUAUGAUUCUUAUCAUUGGAUGGAAAAAUAUGGAGAUAAAGAUUUUAUUUAUCAUAAUGUUGCUUCAAAAUAUUUAGCUUUAUUAGCUUUAGAAUUAAGUGAGAAAGAAUUAAUUCAUUUUAAAUUAAAUGAUUAUGCAAAAGGUUUAUCAAGUUAUUAUAAUCAAACUAUUUAUAAAGUUCCUAAAAAUUGGUUAGAUAAAGAAAUUAAUUUCCAUCCAAAAUUUAAUCUUGAACAAUAUAAAUAUAUGAAAGAAAUUACUCAAGGUCAUUAUGUAACACCAAUUUGUAAACCAAUGCAAAUGGGAAUUAUUCAUGAUAAUGGUGAAGUUAUGCACAACAACAACCAACAUCAUAAAAAGACAUUAAAAGAUUUAUUACAUCAUACUCAUAAAACAUUAUCUUUUUUUAAUAAUGUAACAGAAACAUAUGAUUUAAAAUCAGAAGAAUUACAAUUAGAAUAUAAUAAUAAAGAUGAAUUACCAAUAUGGAAAAAAUUUAAAUUAUUUUUCCAAAUUAAAUAUCAUAAUAAAGGAUUACAAUAUUUUGAAAGAAAUUUUUUAUAUCAUGAAGGACUUCAUAAGAGAUCAUGGUUUAAACAUAUUGUUUUCGCAAGUGGUAGAUUUACUGGUUAUGCUGGUCAAAAUUUACCUGGAUUAAAUGAAGCUAUUGAAGAUGAAGAAUUUGAUAGAUUUGUUAAAUGGGUUCAUAUUUUGGAUUCAACUGUUUCAAGAGUUGGUCAUCAUUUAUUGUUAUAG